UUACCAUGGAUUCAUGUCAUACUGUAUCAUUGAGUCAACAUCAUGUUUUCGUGUUGCCUUUCUCCUUUUCAGAGAUGAUUUCGAGAGGUUUUUAACAAAACUGUGUAUAGUGUAACGUUCAAAGUUGUGUGGCAGCUGCAGUGCAGUGCACGAUAAAUUCGCUUGAGUGAUCAGCUGUGCAGGGGGAGAAUUGUCAACAAAGAAUCUCGAUGAAGUCGGGCAUGCAUGCUAGGUUGUUCUCCAGUAUACACGUGGUUUUAUUGCCAAUUGACUAGCGAAGUACAAGUGACGUCUGGUGAGAGAAACGAGUGGACUGGUUCAGGUCAUUACUGUACCUGUAGGAGAAAGAUGAUGAUGAUGCCAAGGUGAUACCUGCCUAACCUUUGAUAAGGGACCAGAGAAGAGGAUGGCAUCUCCUGUGCCUUCCCAGUCAUCCCCUGAGCGUUAUGUUCAGGCUGCAGAGAUCGGCAGUGGAGCAUAUGGCAUCGUGUACAAAGCCAGGGACACAGAAACUGGUCACUUUGUGGCCUUGAAGAGUGUGCGGAUACCAAUUGGUGAGGAGGGCAUGCCUGUUUCUACCAUAAGAGAGAUAUCCUUGCUCCGACAUCUUUGUCAGCUAGACCAUCCUAAUAUUGUUAAACUUCUUGACGUUUGUGAUGUGAUGGAUGUUGGAAGAUCAGAGAUGAUGUUAACUUUGGUCUUUGAGCUUGUAGACCAGGACCUAGCCCAGUAUCUUGAGAGAUGUCCUCCCCCAGGAUUAAGUUCUAGUACUAUCAAGGUAUUGAUGCAACAGCUUCUUAGUGGUGUAGAAUAUCUUCACUCCCACCGUGUGACUCACAGAGAUUUGAAGCCACAGAAUAUUCUCAUUGCUUGUGAUAAGAAACUCAAGCUCACUGAUUUUGGUUUGUCACGUGUUUACAGUUUUCAAAUGGCUCUGACCCCAGUGGUGGUCACAAUGUGGUAUCGGGCACCUGAAGUUCUUCUACAGGCUAGCUAUGCAACACCAGUUGACAUGUGGAGUGUUGGAUGCAUAUUUGCUGAGCUUCAUAGGAGAAGGCCUCUGUUCAGGGGACAGUCUGACAAGGAUCAACUUCAUAAAAUAUUUGAGGUUAUUGGGCUUCCACCGGAGGAUCAAUGGCCAGAUGUUGCACUUCCAUGGAGCUCCUUUCGUCAGACUGGACAGCGAUCUUUCCUAGACCUUGUCCAGGAGAUAUGCAAUCAUGGCCUAGAUCUAUUGGAGCGAAUGCUAUGUUUCAAUCCAGACCAUCGGAUCACAGCUGAGCAAAGCCUGUCACACAGUUACUUUGACGAUGAACAGGGUGAUGAGGAGGAAGAAGAUGAUGACGAUACCGAAGUGGAGGAAGAGGAUGAUGAUGAGGGGGUUGAUGUUGGCCAAGAACGUAGUCUAUCGGUAGCGUCUUCAAGAAUGAGCCUUUCUACAGACGACUCUGGUUCACAUUCACAGUUUGGUGUUAGUGACGACUCACAGUCUCAAGAAAUCACACCAACUAAUGUGCGAUGAUAGGAAUCCAUGGAUAGGAAUGCCAUUAGCCAAGAUAUCUUUGAAAUGCUGAAUUGUGGUGCUUGAUUCAACCUGUGUUUUGGUGUUGAAAAAAAACCCUGCAGUAUUUUCCAAAUUUUGGAGGCUGAUAUUUGCAUUGUAUAAUGGAAGCUACUAUGUGUAAUGCCUAUGAGGAUUCAUAUCGUCCAUUGACUUUACACAGCAGUAAGUGUGUGUACGUACACACUUGAUGACUGUUGUCCUAAAGCAUGAAAUCAUCCUGAUAUUGCUAAUUGGGUCAUGUCAAACUUAUUUGCACGAUUGCACUUUAAUUGGAUACAGAUUUGUGUCGGAUGUCUUCAGUUUUAUGUUGAAUAGACUGUAAGCUAGGAAGCAGUGGAUUUUGCCAUUUGGUGUUAAGCAGCUGAUAUAUUUUCCUACUGCAU